CUUUUCUGGCUGCCGCCGAGGCAGCGGGCGGCAGAGCGAGGGCAGCCGGGCCAAGCACCGGCUCUGGGGGGGUCACCGGCCCCGCCACCAUGGCCGGGCUCCUGCUGCUGCCGCUGCUGCUGCUCCCGGCGGGACCCGCCUGCUCCAAGGAGAGGUGCUUCACCAAGAUGUACACCGCGAGCGGGGAGUGCUGCAGAGCCUGCAACCUGGGCGAAGGGGUGGUGCAGCCCUGCGGGGUCAACCAGACCGUCUGCGAGCCCUGCCUGGACAGCGUCACCUACUCGGACACGGUGAGCGCCACGGAGCCGUGCAAGCCCUGCACGCAGUGCGUGGGGCUGCAGAGCAUGUCCGCGCCCUGCGUGGAGUCGGACGACGCCGUGUGCCGCUGCGCCUACGGCUACUUCCAGGACGAGGCGAGCGGGAGCUGCCGGGAAUGCCGCGUGUGCGAGGUGGGCUUCGGCCUCAUGUUCCCCUGCAAGGACUCGCAGGACACGGUGUGCGAGGAGUGUCCCGAGGGCACCUUCUCCAGUGAAGCCAACUUCGUGGACCCCUGCCUGCCCUGCACGACCUGCGAGGAGAAUGAGGUGAUGGUGAAGGAGUGCACGGCCGUCUCGGAUGCCGAAUGCAGAGACCUGCACCCGCGCUGGACAACGCACACCCUCCUAGCAGGCUCCGACAGCCCUGAGCCCAUCAAGGACCCCUUCAACACCGAGGUGGUGCCCAGCACCCUGGCAGACACUGUCACCACCAUCAUGGGCAGCUCACAGCCUGUCCUGAGCCGAGGCACCGCCGACAACCUCAUCCCCGUCUACUGCUCCAUCCUGGCAGCCGUGGUGGUGGGGCUGGUGGCUUACAUCGCUUUCCGCAGGUGGAACAACUGCAAACAGAACAAGCAAGGGGCCAACAACCGCCCCGUGAACCAGACGCCUUCGCCCGAGGGGGAGAAGCUGCACAGCGACAGCGGGAUCUCGGUGGACAGCCAGAGCCUGCACGACCAGCAGCCGCCCAGCCAGAGCACCCAGGGGCCAGCGCCCAAGGGAGACGGGAGCCUCUACGCCAGCCUCCCCCCCGGCAAGCAGGAGGAGGUGGAGAAGCUGCUGGGCAGCUCGGCGGAGGAGACGUGGCGGCAGCUGGCGGCGGAGCUGGGCUACAGGGAGGACCUCAUAGACUCCUUCACGCGGGAGGAGUGCCCGGCCCGGGCCCUCCUGGCUCACUGGUCCUCCAGGGACACGGCCACGCUGGACGCGCUGCUCGCGGCCCUGCGCAAGAUCCAGCGCGGGGACAUCGCCGAGAGCCUCCACAGCGACUCCACCGCCACCUCCCCCGUCUGAAGGGCGGCCCGGGGGCGGCCCCGCGGGGUCCCCUUCCCCCUUCCCCCCCGCGCCUCUCCCCUCCCCGGCACCCGGCGCCCCGGAGGGGAGGGUGGGAAGGAAGCGGGGGCUCCCGGGCCCCCCCAGCUCCCAGCCCUCUAUGCACUGAGCUCCUGUUUCCGGUAUCGCCCCCUCCCGACGCCGCCUGCCCCCGGCAGCCCCUGAGCGGUUGGAUGCGGGGCUCAGUCCUGCUCAGCGCCCGCAGUCCCUCUGCCCCAGAGCAUCCUCUGCAGCCCGGCGAGGCUGCGCAGGCACGGGAACCUCUUCUCUGCCCCCUUCAGACCCUUCCCCUUCCUCCCUGAGGCUCCAGCUCUUCUCUUCCUCCAGCCCUUCCUCCUUGUCCCACCCCACCGCUACCCCCUGCUCCUCCCCAGCACCCUGAAAUCCAGCUGCUUUCCCAAACCACAGGGCUGGGAUGAGCACAGGAGAACUGGAGCUGCUGUACCAGGAUUUGGGAAGGGGUCUGGUCCUGUGACACCAAGGUGGGGGCGCUGGGGGAAAGGACUUGGCUUCCAGCAGCCCAGCCUACACUGUGAAAUGUGGGGGGCAC